UAAUAUAAAUUUAAGAUAAAUGUUGUAGUUUGACAAUUUUCGAAUGAUUGGACAUUAUCGAACCGAAGUAUUAUGUACUUUUCAAUUCUAACUUUCAUUCUUAUUCAGACACUUGUAACUCAGAAAGUGCUUUGUCAAUAUGGAAGUUAUGGAGCUGGUCUCGCAAAUCCAAAUGCUUAUGGUGAUAUGAACGCAGCUUUCGGUCAUAACAAUGGCUAUCAACAUGGUUUGGCGAACGGUUUGGGACCUGGCUUGGCGCAUGGCUUGGCAUCCGGCUUAGGACCUGGCAUAGGCCCUGGUAUAGGACCUAACUUAGGACUUGGCUUAGGACCUGGCGUAGGCCCUGGUAUAGGACCUAACUUAGGACUUGGCUUAGGACCUGGCCUCGGACCUGGUAUAGGACCUAACUUAGGUCUUGGCUUAGGACCUAACCUUGGACCUGAUUUUGGAACAGGUUUAGCACCUGGGCUGGCUUUGAAUUCAUACAAUGCAGGCGUGGACCUGGCGCUUGACGUAGCCACACAAAUAAAUAGACCCUGCGAGACUGGCUAUGGCGAAAUAGCGGUAGUUGGUGAAAUGCCUGUGAUUGGUAACACACUCGUCGCUGGUCAAGUACCAAUCAUUGGUUCAGUAAGAUUUGCAGGAGAUGUGCCAGCCUCUGGCAGAGUCUCUGUAUUUGGCACGUGCGGGUGUGGAUGCGGUUUUGGUAAUGGUAACUAUAAUCUAAUUUAGUAUUUAUAUAAAUAAAUAAUUAUUUAACUAUUUCAAUAUAAUAAAUAGUUAAUUUAUUAAA